GUCUGUGUCCCGUGUGCUGAUUUGCAACCCGCCGAAACAGGAUCGGUGAAGAAGGAGACCUUCGAUCGGUUCGCCAUGGACUGUUCUAGGAUCAGUAACGUUUAAAAACGUCUAUAACCAUACAGCGAUACAGUUACUUCCAAAAAACAUAUCAUCAUUUUGUCUGUGAGAGGGAAACGAUGGAUCCGUCUGCGGGUAUGCACAUGUCUGCCAUUCACCAGAACAGUGAUGUUGUCCACGUCUCUGUCGGUAACCCCAUUAUAACCAUGUAUCAGCCUCAAGCGCAACCUCAAAACAUCACGCAAAUCAUCACACAUCACGUGGUACCUCAAGAAGUAUGUCAGGCCGUACCACACACAGUCCCAUCACAUGUCCAAAUGGCAUCUCACAUCCAGACUCAGUCACACAUCCAGCCCAUGCCACAUCUACAAUCCCCACCGCAAGGCCAUAUGGAAGCACAGGGACAUAUCCCGACACAUGGUCAUGUAUCAACACAAGGUCCAUCAGAGAGCCAGAGUGCACCGCCCCCCCAGGAUGGUGCAGUAAACUCACUGCAGGUCCCUUUUGCAGAGGUAGCCUCUUUGCUGGACCCUAAUAUGAAGAGUUCAAAGGCCCGUAAAUACCAUAUCCAUUAUGAUGAGGUGAAGAGGAGAUUGGAACCACCUGAGAAGAUGUCGCUCCGAUCUUUGGCUGCCUACACGAGAGUCAGCCGAGGUCCGGCUAGUAAGAAAACCCUCUUGGAGUCCCUUAAUGUCUUUGGUCUGUCACCAAGUACAAACACUGCAGUGUCCAGUUCUUUUUCUAAACUAACUGAAGGUGACACAGCAGCCCUUUGUAAAGACAUGAAAGACUUUGCACGGCAGUAUGUGGAUUAUGAGAACAUGGCAAAACAGUUGCUUCCUGAAACAAACCACGUGCAGCACUGGUCAAAAAUCAUUGAGACAAGGAACUAUCUAGAGGAGAUGCGGAAGAUCUUCAAUGACUCUGCGAAUAGCCAUUUAUUUUCCAACGUUACACAUGGUCUCGGUAACGGCAUGAUGGACGUGGCUCUUGAUAUCAUCGAUACUGUAAUUGACCGCCAAAUUCGAAUCCUUUCAGGGAACACAGACCCCAAACCUGAACCUCCAGUUAGAAGGAUCCGCAAACGCAAUCGCAAGCCCAAAACAGCCACUGAAGAUGAUAAACUUAAAGAAAAGGGUAAAAGAAGACGGAAAAGAGGCAAACAGAUCCAUCUGGAUUCUGCUGCUCCAGAGGUUCCACAGUCCACGGAGAUGGAGAGCAGUGUAUUAACCCUAGUCUCUGUAGGGUACGAAACCAUAUCAAGUGGACUCAACACCACUAAUGCAGGUCUUGCAUAAUGCCAUGUGCCUGAGAGGCACAGAGAGACACUAUGAAUUCUGAGUGCAAAAAUGUUUUCGAAGAAAAUAUUAGUUUUAUAACAUUAGACUUUUCACUCUAUCUCACAAGUGAUUUUUUUCUCUCACAAUCUGUUCAAUCAAGUAAGUAAUAUAGAUGUCUGUCAGGUUAGCAUGAUUUUCCUUCACUAUGAUGUUUUGAUUCAAACCUCACCUGUGCUCUCAACCUUUUGUUGUACAACAAAUGUUCUCAGACAAUGUAUGCUAUUAAAGUAGCAUGCAGACAAUUUUUUAAGCACUAUGUUGUAUUUUGAUGUGAUGGAUCAUAAUAUCAGUUUCUAUUGGCCUCAUUUUAGUAUUUUAUGUCUGAUAUGUUCUUAUGGUUCUUUUGUACUUAAGCUUACAAUCUCAGAGUAAUUUAGUUUGAGUAAUGACAUAUCUUCUCAAUAGGACAUAUUUAGAUUUUUCUGACUAUUUAUUUCCCCUUUCUUGUUAUGUCUGAUGUGUAGUGUGUGAACGACUAAUCUAUACACAAAAGGUUUUGCAGACUGCUCAUUAAAGGCUUGUA